AUGCCGCGGCUUACGGAAGGUGCUGCUUUGCUAAAUCUGCCCAUAGAGGUAUCAGAUAUGGAAACCUUGUCUCUGUCUGAAGCAGCGGAGAAAAUAUAUGCGGGUAGAGAGGAAUGCGAGGAGGUUCUUGCUAAGUUGCAUAUGAAGAUGUUAGAUAACCCUACUGCGAGACAGAUCAUCCUGCGAAGAGUCGAGGCAAACGAAUAG